AAGAGGAGGGACCACAAGAAGAAGCGGCAGCACCAAACGAAGGCCAGUCACCACGGUCCCAGACAUGGCCGGGGCAACCAGGAGUCGGACGAAACGACUGUCCUUCUCGAUGUCAACCCAUUGGUCGACGAAAUUAAUCCGAAGUCCACCACUACGGCGUGCCUCGUAAUCAUGUCGUGGUUAUGGCACGUAAAACUCCAGAAUCCUUCAUUAGUUUAUCGUUUCUUUCCGGGUGUACCCUCCAAGAUGCAGGCGCGCUCGUAAACGUUGACUACUGCGCGAGGGAUACUCGAUGCAACAAAGUUCGGAGGACGCUUAAGCUUCGCCUUUGAGGGUUGAACGCGGUAGCAUUCUGUGAUGUGUCAAGUGCGCGAGUGCCGUGAUCGGAGUGGGUCAGCCAUGCGAAGACGACGACGAGACGCUGCAGUGGUUGCACGAGCGCGCCGAAGAAAUAAUUCGAACAGAAGGAACAACAACAAGCCAGCAGAGAAACAGGCGGCACGUAGAACAGCAAGCCCGCGUGGAGGGAGGAGCUCGCCAGUGCACCAGGGGCAGAAGUCAAGUCGUCGGGCGUCAGGACCGUACUUCGUGCCUUCUACUGGACCAGGCCGACCUUCCAGAGGCGUGGUCACCGCGUUUUCCCGAUCGCACACCGGAAGGCGCCGAUCGACGUGGGAGAAAUGAAGCCCAUGCUCCGGGAGCAGAGGUGAAGCCAUUGGACUUUGGUGUCCGGCGUCAACAUCUCCACGGUGCCAAGAGCCAUGUUCCCAACGGGGCAACCGGACUUACUCCUGCAUCACUGGAUCCCGGUGGUUCGCCUAAGGGUGACCAGGAUUUUUCUUCACCAGUACGAGCACCGCUUCUAUGCUCCGAGCGCUGCCUCCGUCGCCACCCCUAGUUCAUCUCGCAGCUGCACUGCAGAUCAUGAAACUGUUCGCUACCCUUUGCUCAUGCUGAAUCUGGUGCUGUGGUUCCUGGGCCUGCUGCUGUUUGUGACCGGAAUGUCGCUCUACGUCUACUCGUUUGCUGGAGAGGAUGGCACUGACAUACUGAGCUCCAUCGACAGUACGAGCGCCAUCUUUACGCGCGUCGAGAUCAUUGUGUCGCUCGGGGGCAUGUCGCUGUUCGUCGUCUCCUUCUGCGGCUGCGUGGGCGCCCUACGGGAGAACCGCUUCCUGCUGCAGCUCUACUCGCACGCCCUGACCGCCUUGAUCGCGGUGAGCGUCGUCUUUGCCGUCGUCGUCUUCUACGUGCCCGGCGGCAUGAGGAAGGUCCUCCAGAGCACGCUGUCGGAGUCGUUGGUCGUCCACUACCGCGACAGCGUGGACACGGAGCAGUUGGUGGACGCACUGCAACGCGGCUUGAAGUGCUGUGGCGUGAGCCACGAGAACUUCAGGGACUGGAACCGCAACAUGUACUUCAACUGCACGUUCCAAAACCCGAGUUACGAGCGCUGCUCGGUACCGCACUCAUGCUGCAGGAAGAACGAUUCGUUGACGUCAGGCGACGUGGCAGCGAGCCGGUACUGUGGCAAAAACGUGCUCAACAUGACUGACAGUGACGCCUGGCACAAGGUGAACAUCGAUAGUUGCAGGGACGCGGUCCACCGGUUCAUCAGGGACAACGUGAUCAUGAUCGGCGGCGGCUGCGUGGUGAUCGUCAUUCUGCUCUCAUUCAUCGACAUGAUCACCAACACGGUCAUCGACGAGAUCGACGUCAUCCGAUCGAUUUACGACAACAUCCACGCAGCCGCCUCACCAUAGCGGCCGCGUUCAAACUUCUGAACCGACGUUACAGAAGAAGAAAGAACGCUUUUGUAGCACAGGCACGUAGGAAUUGGCGCCGAAUUUCAAGAGUGUUUUCGCGUACACUGAUAUUGACACGCACGCCUGCUCAAGCGCAGCGGUUUUUAAGCUUUUGACGUAGACCUGAAGGUCACUCCGCUUCCACAAAUAAAUCAAGAUUAGUUGUGCUGUUGG